CCAAGCAAUUCUAGGUCUAACACACUGCAAUUCCAGGACAUGGUACUCAGCAUGAGUGUAACUCUUGAGCUCCUCUCUGCAAUUUUCCUCUUUUUCAUUACUCAUUUUUUCAUAAAGUACUUUCUGUCAAGCCUCCCUCGUCCCAAGUUGCCACCCGGCCCUGGAGGCUGGCCGGUGGUAGGUUGCCUGCCGCGCUUGGGGACCAUGCCGCAUGUCGCCCUAGCUCAACUGGCCAAAAAAUAUGGGCCCGUCAUGUACUUGAAAAUGGGCUCUUGUGACAUGGUGGUUGCGUCUAGCCCAGGGGCGGCUAGAGCAUUUCUCAAGACGUUAGACCAAAAUUUCUCUAACCGCCCUCCUGGUGCCGGUGCAACCCACAUUGCCUACGGUGCACAGGAUUUUGUUUUUGCGGAUAUUGGGCCGCGCUGGAACUUGUUCAGGAAGUUGAGUAAUUUGCAUAUGCUCGGAGCCCAAUCAUACAAAGAUUGGGCUCUGAUAAGAGAAAAAGAACUUGGACAUGUGAUCCAGGAUAUGUUUCGAUUGAGCCGAAAUGGUCAACUGGUUGUGGUGCCCGAAAUGUUGUUAUGUGCCAUGGCUAACCUAAUAGGGCAAAAAAGUCUAAGCCGCCGCGUGUUUGCUACGCAGGGCUCAGAGUCUAACGAGUUCAAGUACAUGGUUGUGGAGCUCAUGAGAUUAGCUGGAUUAUUCAACAUUGGUGAUUUCAUACCAUCAAUCGCGUGGAUGGACUUACAAGGGAUCGAGGGGAAAAUGAAGCGCCUACACAAGCAAUUCGACGGUCUAUUAACAAAAAUGAUCGAGGAACACUCGUUAACAGCCCAUGAACGCGAGGGAAAUCCAGACUUUCUUGAUAUUGUUAUGGCCAACCGGGAGGUUUCCGACGGAUCCGAGCUCACAAUGACCAAUAUUAAAGCCCUUCUCUUGAACUGGUACAUUGCCGGCACCGAUACAUCAGCUGGCACGGUCGAAUGGGCGCUAGCAGAGAUGAUCAAGAACCCUAGAAUUCUUAAACGCGCACAAAAGGAAAUGGACCGAGUAAUCGGCAGAGACCGCCGGCUGGAAGAGUCCGACUUGCCUAAUCUUCCGUAUUUGCAAGCCAUAUGCAAGGAAACACUUAGGUUGCACCCACCGGUUCCCCUGAGUAUUCCUAGAGUAUCCGUUGAUCCAUGCGAGGUCAACAGUUACUACAUUCCUAAAAACACAAGGCUUUUUGUCAACGUAUGGGCGAUUGGGCGAGACCCGGAGGUGUGGGAGGACCCUAUGGAGUUUGACCCAGAUAGGUUUUUGAAGGAAAAUAUAAAUGGGAAGAUUGAACCAUGGGGGAAUGAUUUUGAGCUCAUCCCAUUCGGCGCUGGGAGAAGAAUUUGUGCAGGAAUAAGGAUGGGAAUUGCUGCUGUUGAGUACAUUUUGGGCACCCUUGUGCACUCUUUUGACUGGAGGCUUCCGGACGGGGUAGAGCUCGACAUGAGCGAGGCAUUUGGCCUGGUGUUGCAAAAGGCCUUGCCGCUAUCGGCAGUGGUCGUACCAAGGCUAUCGACAAGUGCUUAUGAGUCUUGAAUUGGAAGUAGUCCUUAAUUGUCGGUCCUUUUUUGGGUUAUUGUGCUCACACUUAGAUAAAACUUGAUAGACAUCAAGCUUCAAUUUCGUUUCUACAAAUUAUAAAUGUCCGAGUCCCUAUGUUCAAGAUUUUUUUGGGGGUAAAUCCCUAUGUUCAAUAUUUUGGUGGCUUUAGUAGAGAUUCUCGUUCAUA